AUGUGGCUGAGGAUCUUCAUUUUUACCGUUCUUUUCAAUGCAGUAAAUGCAGAAUUAGUCCAACUGCUAGCCAUUUGGAGGCACGGCGAUCGAGCGCCUGGCUCGCUUCCCUAUUCGAAAGAUCAAAAUGGAGUCACUGCUUGGCCAAGAGGAUGGGAUCAAUUGACUAAUAUAGGCAUCGAUCAAACGUAUGAACUGGGCACAUUUCUCCGUCAACGCUACGUCGAAGGGAGCCAGUUGUUUGGACCAAACUUUGACAAAAGCAAGGUAUUCAUCCAAGCAUCGGACAGUGAGCGAGCCCUUGAAUCAGCUCAAUCCGUUGCCACCGCUCUUUUCCCACCGAUUGGAAAUAGAGUAUGGAACUCGAAUCUUUCUUGGCAACCAGUUCCCAUCCAUUCGAAUGGAAUUGAUCGCCAGGAUACGCUUCUAAAACCAACAAGCUAUGAUUGUCCAAAGUAUGAGAAAAUUAAAGAUGAUGAUCAGAAAAUGCUUGCGAGUCGAUUUGAUAGUCAAUUCGGCGAUCUAUUCAAAUUCCUAACUGAGAUGACUGGUGACUCAAUCUCGGGAAUCAACGCUGAUGGAUUGAAUGAUAUUCAGAGAGAAAUCAUUCACGGCUUACCACAACCAAAUUGGGUGAGCGGUCGAGUUGGGAAUGUUUCGAUUCUGCCCACGAUUAUGGACAUCAAACGACAAAUGAGAUUGGAAGAGUUCAACUCGGAUGAGAAGGGGAAAUUCCGUGGAGGAUAUCUGUUGAACAAUUGGCUUUCCUAUUUGGAGGCGUUGAGAGACGGGAAAAAGACUUUCAGUGCAGUGCUUUACUCAUCGCAUGACGGUACAUUGAAUGCUCUGCAAUCGGCAAUGGGAAUGCAAAAUGGAGAACUCGUUCCCUAUGCGGCCGCGAUUUUGCUGGAAGUCUCUCGAUCGUCAAUCAAUGACGAUCUCAAAGUGCAGGUUUUCUAUCGUAACACCACCCAACAGCCACCCUAUUUGAUGGAAAUUCCCGGUUGCUCAAAUCCUUGUCCAAUCAAUCAAUUUCUAAAUGUUUAUGAACAGAUGAGAAUCCGAAAUUUGACAGAAAUGAAUGAGCUUUGCGGAAACGAUAAAACCACUUCAACAGCUCUUAACUUGUCGAUUUUCACCAUCUUCUCACUUUUCUUAGCUUACUAUUCUUGU